UGUGCAUACUUAUGCGGUGUCUCCCACUCUCUUCAUAACAAACACAACAAUGGCAUUGCCACCAACACUCACUAACACACACCAACGCAUGCUGCACUCAUGACUCCCAAAUCCCAACGCCUCUCCGCCUGCCACCGCCACCCCACCGCCCCCAUCACAGGCUUCUGCGCCCUCUGUCUCCGCGAGCGCCUCGCUGGUAUCCCCUCCGACCACUCCCCUCCCUCUCCUUCACUCCGCCGCUCCAAAUCCUGCUCCCGCCCCGCCGCCGCUGCCGCCGACCCCCGCCGCCGCUCCUGUGAGGUCCGCCCCCGCAGCUCCCUUUCCGAUCUCUUCGACCGCGACGACUUACGAAAAUCCCGCUCGCGCAAACACGCCUCCGAGGUUAGGGUUUCCAACGACGGCGACGAUGAUGCCGACGAGGAAACUAAGACGGUGAAGGAGUUUAUAGAUCUCGAGCUGCAGCUCCGCAAGAGGAACGGUGCCAGGGAUUCCAGGAACUUCUGGAAUGCCGCCGCGGAGAAGUUCAAGAAGUGGAAAUGGAAACACAGGGCUAAGAAAAACUCUGACGCUGAUGGUAAUGUGAAGAGAACUGCAGAGAAGCGAAGGGCGCGGGGAUUGAGAGAGACUCAAUCGGAGGUUGGAGAAUGCAAUUUAGGGAGAAGAUCCUGCGACGCGGAUCCGAGGUUUUCGAUUGAAGCGGGAAGAAUCUCGUUCGAUUGCCCUCGCGCUUCCUGGGAUGGGUGUUUGAUUGGGAAAUCGUGUUCUAGGCUUUCACCGAUGCUUUCAGUCGAUGAAGAUUCCAAUUCCAUUAACAGCAACGGCAACAAUAACAGUGUUGGUUUGGGAAGUUCUGGCGACGGUAGAAGGAGUUUUGGUUUUGAUAGAUCAAGCUCUCGUAGGAGACAGUCAAUUUCGGGGCUUGAUGAGUUGAAAUUAACGUCAAAUGCGAAUGUGAAUGCGAAGGUGUCGCCGAAGGUGUCUCCGGCCACCUUCUAUGGUGCCAAGUUGUUAAUUACUGAAAAAGAAUUGAUGGACAGUUAUGUGAGAUCUUCAGCUGAUGCUGUUGAAUCUGGUUGUGUGAUGGAAUCUGAUUCCAAGGAUGUUUCUGGUGCAGCCAAUAGGCAAAAGGGUGUCAAGAAGUUGCAGAAAUGGCGGGAUGUGUGGAGCAAGUUGGGUUUGGUACAGAGAACUGAGAGAAGGGAGGAUAGGAUUGGGGAAGAGGAGUGUGAUUCUGGUGUUGUGGAUGAUAAGCCACUUGCAGAGUCUUUGCAGAGGCUUAGGAGGGUGGUUAAUGUGCAAGCAAGUGAGCCUGUUGGUCAGAAGCUUAUGCGAAGCUAUAGCGUUAGCUGUAGAAGCCCUUGUAGAACGGAUGGUUUCGCCGAUGAUUCUGAGAGCAAAGGGAGUAAUGGGAGACACGAGUUUAUGUUUCAGAGGAACCGGAGUGUUAGAUAUUCGCCAAACAAUCCUGACACUGGCUUGCUGAGAUUCUAUUUGACUCCGUCGAAGAGCUAUAAGAGAAGCAAGGCUGGAAAGAGUAGUGUUAAAGAUUUGCAUUCAGCAACCAAAAUUAGCUUGUGAAACUGUAUUAGCUGUUGAAAUUGAAAGUAUGUUUGGUUGUAAAAACAUAUAUAAUAUUAAUUUCCAAUUUUUCUAA